AUGCCCCCCAAGGCCGCCGACAAGAAGCCCGCCUCCAAGGCCCCUGCCACUGCCUCCAAGGCCCCCGAGAAGAAGGAUGCCGGCAAGAAGACCGCCGCCUCUGGCGACAAGAAGAAGCGCACCAAGUCUCGCAAGGAGACCUACUCCUCCUACAUCUACAAGGUCCUGAAGCAGGUCCACCCCGACACUGGUAUCUCCAACCGCGCCAUGUCUAUCCUUAACUCCUUCGUCAACGACAUCUUCGAGCGCGUCGCCUCCGAGGCCUCUAAGCUUGCUGCUUACAACAAGAAGUCCACUAUCUCCUCUCGCGAGAUCCAGACCUCUGUUCGUCUCAUCCUGCCCGGUGAGCUGGCCAAGCACGCUGUCUCGGAAGGCACCAAGGCCGUUACCAAGUACUCUUCUUCCACGAAAUAA